AUGGCCAACUAUUACGAUCCGAAUACCGCGGAAUACUUUGACCCCGCUACCACUAGAAAAGUGGCGGUGGUCACCGGCGGCGCUGGCGGCCUCGGCUGGUACACCAUCCUCCACUUGUACCUCCACGGCUACGUGGUGUACAUGGCGGCGAGAAAUCCGGCUAAAGUGGAGAAAGCCAUCGCCGAUAUCAAGGAAGAGGCGGCAAAGAGGGCCAGCGACCAUCCCACGGGCGAGAUUCAUCAUGUGGAGAUGGAUUUGCUCCUGCUUCAGCUGGUGAAAGAAGCUGCCGAAACUUUGGCGAAAACCGAACCGAAAAUCGACAUUUUGAUCAACAAUGCCGGUAUCAUGGCCGUCCCCUACGAGAUCACCAAGGACGGCUACGAAAUCCAGUACCAGGUGAACUUUGUCGGCCAUUUACUCCUCACGACAAAGCUUUUGCCCAACUUGGAGGCGGCCCCGGCUCCCCGGGUGGUGAUGCUUUCGCUGAUGGGGCACAAGGCUGCCUUUAAAUACUUUGACCCCAGCGAUACCAUCAACAAGUGGCCUGACGCUGCCUGGACUUGGAUCCGUUAUGGGGUAGUAAAAGCCGCCGAGAUCCAAUACGCCAAGUAUAUGGCGGUUCAACACCCGCGGAUCCUCUGGAUCUCUGUCCACCCUGGUAUUGUUCCCGGCACCAACUUGUUUGACCCGUGGAAACAGGCUCCGUUGCUUGGUCCCAUCGUUGGAGCGUCGACCAGGUUCCUUGAUUCUACAGUGGGGGUAACCAACGAACAGGGGCUGUACUCGACGCUUCGAGCAGCGCUUGACCCCACUUUGCUGCCGGAAAAGGAUAACGGCAAGUAUUUAAACACUGGUGGUUCCGAGGCGACGCCGACCCUGGUGGCGAGCGACGCCAACAAUGCUAAACGGACAGUGGAGUAUAACCUUGAACAAUUGAAAGCCAAGGGCUUUUUGUAA